AGUGUACUUCCCAUCCUCCUUUCCUCGGCAGUCGGCACUUUCAAUUUGUCUCCAACUCCUCAAGAAGCAGACCUCUCUCUCUCUGGCUCUCAUGGCGAGUACCGCGAAAAGGGUCGAUAAGAUCCGCCAAAUCGUGCGGCUUAAGCAAGUCGUGCAACGGUGGAAGCACAUGAGCCUUCGGUUCCGGACCGACCCGUCCUGCUCCUCCGAUUCCGGUACGAACCGGCGCCCCUCGCCCGGUUAUCUCGCGGUGUACGUUGGCCAGGAACGCAACCGUUUCGUGAUCCCCACCCGGUUCCUGAACCUCCCGGUGUUCGUGGGUCUGCUGGAGAGAGCCGAGGAAGAGUUUGGGUAUCAGGGUAAUGGCGGUCUGGUUCUGCCCUGCGAAGCUGGGUUUUUCGCAGAAGUUUUGAAGAUUUUGGAGAGAGAUGAGGGUAGAUUUGGUAGAUUUGGAUUGGAGGAGUUCAUGAAGAUGGUUUCCGAACUGGGUUUUGUGUCUUGCAGAGAAGCGACGUCGUAUGCGUACAUGGUCAGUACUCCUCUCUUGCAGAAAGCUAGGGUUUGACAGUGAUUUGAAUUGUUUCUUGGAAAUGUAUACGUUGGUAGACAAUACGACGAUCUAAUAUCACUUUAGGGGUGGGGGUGGGGGUGGGGGUUUAGUUCUAACCAUCCUUGAACUCAUCAUAAAUAGUUUUAAUGUUCAUGUGAUGGGCUUCAAUGAGAUGUUGUUGAACUUUUCUCUGUGUCUUUUUUAAGGCUUUUCUGGGCAUCAAACUUAUGCUGAUGCUUACUUUGAUGAUGAUGAAAUUUUAGAGAGUAAUGAGAAUUAGGAUAUUAUGCUGA